AUGGAGCGAAUACGUCGUUAUCUCGAGCGAGCUGGGGUCGACGUCGGCAUACGUCCUUCGGCCAACGUCGAACUCGACGGCGUGGCACGGUUCAGCGACACCAAAUCGAUCGGCAGCCUAAGUCAGCAUUUGUUCGAGAGCGACGAGGACGAGAGGUACUACGGGACGUGCAACGGUUACGCGUCGCAACCAGGAAGCAAAUCGAACCUGUUGCUCUGCAGCGAGUGCGACCAAAAGACGCGAACCUGCACGUACAGGCCGCAGACACCAGGGUCUUACGUCGGUCGUUACGUCGAGGAACGUCUCGAUCCCGGCGAAGAGUUUGCCUUCCUUCGCGCGGACUACAAGACCCCGGUCCGUACCAGCCCUUCGCCCAGAUCCUCGCGCGAUCCUCAAGAUACCUCUUCCUCGCCGAGACCGCGCGAUCUCGAACGACACUUUCAGGAUUCGUCGUCGCCUCGAUCUUUGCGCCAAGAGCAGGAGCUCUUGUCGUGCGAAUAUCUUGGUCGCGAGGGGACCCUCGAGGAAACGGAAAAGCACCGGAAACAGGAAACGGAGGAGGACGAGGAGGAGGAGGAGGAGGAGGAGGAGGAGGAGGAAGAGGACAGCCCUGUUUGCGAGCUCUGUCAUGGAAACGGCCUCGUCCUCGUUCACUGCGAACACUGCGACUUUUCCACCGAAGGAGAUCUCAUAUGUUUCCGGUGUCAAAGCGACGAAGGCUCCUCGAACGGCAACAACGGGUGUCCCCGUUGCGAGAGAAGCGCCAGGAUGGCAGCUGCCGGCGUCGCUUCCUCCGACGAGGAGAAUCAUCAUCCUCCCGGCAAGUACCCCGUAGACGCGGUCGUCAAGAUCAAACUCAACGAUCGUACGAUCGACGUCGACUCGGACGAUACCAACGACAGCGAUCCUUCGAUCGAUCGUCACAGAGGUCAAGUAGAUCGUCUCGACACCAUCGUCGAGACCAAAGGCGACACUGCCAGCGAAAACGACGACGAUAACGGCGGUGCCAAGCUGAACGGAACUACGAGCCCGAGAUAUCUCAAUUACAUGAUCGUCCUCUUCUUGUAAAUAAACCCGAACCGCUGCGAGAUCCAUCUAUUUCUAUCCGUGACGUAGGAAGAAGAUAAGAAUGGUCGGCGGCGAUUCGAUAAACUUUGACCGACCUGUACUGUACAUAAACUGCCAGGGGACACGAUAGUCGAAAUCGGUACUCUCUAGUGGCGCCAUAGAAUUAAAAUAGUUAGCUCGUAACGGUGAUUAAGGUGGCAAAAUAAAAAAAAGAAUGAGAGAAGACGAUAAGCGAGAAACGCCGUGCGAAUUGAGAGAGAAGAAAACGAGAAAGAGAGAAAGAAGCAAAGAAAGAAAUAAAGAAGAUAGAUAGAUAGAUAGUCUCAGGAACGACGGCCGACCCGCCGUGACGACUUUCGUCGUCGAGAGCCGAAAAUAUCGAGGCGUUUCCGCGCGCAACCAUUAGAAUGGGUUUGUACAGAGAUCGCGAUUAUACUGUCUCUCACUUAUAAACACCUUCCGUUAUUUUCUAUCCAAUGAUAAGCGACGAAAGAACGAGGGCUCCUCGUUUCGCCGAUUGCGAACUGCUUUACGAAGGAAGAUACAAAAAUAUCGAUACGAAGAACUAUACGAAACCGCGAAGUACAUGCUGCCAAUAAUAAAUCAAAAAUCGAAUAGCGCGCGAGGACUUACGAUGUAAGAUUUUUCAUACCUUCGAUCGACUUCUUUCUUAGCUUACGUAAAAGCAAUAGACGCGAACCCGUACAUACACACGUAUACACGCAUAUCCAUGCAUACACACACACACACACACAAGCACACACGCGCACGCACACACUCGCGUCUCUUAUUUAUUACGUACAUACGCUUUUAUCGAGUAGAUCCUACGGUAUAAACUUCUCGCGUCUUUCUCGCGGAUUACUCGCGUAUCGUCGGAACGACUAGAAUAAUUUAACGAUACGUCUUACGCGACCGCAGAGCGUGAGAUACGAUAAAUAUGUCAAUUCCUAAAACGCAAAUCGAUACGAUCGAGGCAACGCGUAAACUGCCAUCAUUUUCACACGGUUUUAGCUAAGAUUUUUGCACAAACCCAUGCUAACUCAUGUUCGGGACCAACUUAAAUCUAUCAUUCAAGCGACAAAGCCACUUCCGAGUCUCCACCUUUCGUUCAUAGUCGUUAGUCGCUAAAUUACGCCGGUUUCUCGACAUUUGCGACGUCUAAACGAUUCAAUGUUAACCAACUUUACGAAGAUAGAGGCAGUACUCAUUUCGUUUGAUUCUACUAUUAAAUAAUAGAGAGAAGAAGAAGAAAACCGAGAAGAAGAACAAGAAGAAGAUAUAUUCGCAGGACCAGGCUACCUCUAUUUUCGUACACGCGGGAAACUACGAAAGGACGCGAUCAUAAUCCAAAAUAAAAACGACGAACGUACGAUCAGAUUCGAUCUCGUAGGACCGUUCGCUUCGAAGACUCGCGGUGUCGCACCUCGCCUACGAUAGACACCGUGAGAAAAUUUCAACGAUUCGAUGAACUCGAGUUCAUCGUCCCGACGCGAACCACGUUUCAAAAGAAAGCAAAAAAAAGCGCAGGAUCCGUGCGCGCACUUCUUCGCCUAUUUCAUGGGAGCUUUCGCCACGUGGUAAAGAUGGCGCCCAAUGGGUUCAAAGAACAAAUGAAAAAAGAAACGAAAGGAAAGCUGUACAAAGGAGAAGAAAAAAUGUCGGAGAAGGAGGAGGAAGAAGUGUUUUCCAAAGGAACCAAAAGUCGAGAGAGUACUCGAAUCGAUUCUCGAAAAAGAAAAAAAAAAAAACAAAUAAAAAGAUGAAAGAAAAAGGGAGGGCGCAACGACGACGGAACGACGGUACGAGUGAACGAUUUUUUAAAUAUUUUUCAAUCAUCGAAUUAUAGAAUUUACUAGAAAAUGAGACUUUUUUUAACGUCCGUUUCUAAGCCUCUUUGUAAUCGUGUCUCCGAGAGCGAUCGCUACUCGCCGAAGGAAGAAAAGUGAAAAGGGAAAAGAGAAUAGAUGGAAAUGACUCGAUCUACAUACGUACGCGACAAGAUUCCAAGUUCUUCCGCUGGUAUAGAAGAAAUUGCCCUUGCUUCCACCUCCUCCCUUCCUCCGGAAUAAUAUAAUAAUAAUAAUAAUAAUAAUAAAAUAAUAAUAAUAAUAAUAAUAAUAAUAAUAAAUAACAACAACAACAACAAUAAUAAUAAUAAUAAUAGGAGGAACAAUGGCGAAAAAUUGUCGUCGUCGUCGUCGUCGUCGUUUAAGAGAUCGAACAUAUCGGCAUAUCCGGCGUGUCUGAACGAUUUCGUCUUGGAGUGGAAGCCGACUUGGAGGGGAUCGAAAAGGGGAGAAACGUAAAUGCCUCCUGAGGAUGUAUGCAGGGUGGCUUGCGUCGAGGGGGAGAAGGACAAAGAACUCGCUUCGCCCGCGAACAGUAGCGAUCAAGUGCUCUUACUACAAGAUUCUCGCGGAGGGAAAAAAAAUUGUAGAUCUUAAGAGAAGCAACUGGAAAACGGGUUGGAUGGUAGACGAGUCGUCUAUAAUCGUAACAUAAUCGUUCUCGAUUUCCAUCGUAUCGAACGAACGAACGAACGCACGCAGGCACGCACGCACGCACGCACGCGUCUACUGCCUUCGUUCUUUAUCUCGUGUUACACAAGUACCUUACUUAUCUACUUAUUAAUAAAUAUAUACUUGUGUAAAUACGAGAGAAAAGAUAUACCACGCAUGAUACGCGUCGUCCAUCCGCCCUUGCGCCAAGCUACCACCGAGAACAUUAAGUUAUACUGCCACCUUAUACUUUAGGAAGAAAUACAAAUAAACUUCCGCGUAAAAUCGUUUAGAAAAUUCGUUAGAUUAGAAACCGUACAUCGCGACUUUUGAUCCUCUCUAUAAAACUUAAUACGCAUACCAAUAUACACACGUCGCGUAUCGCGGUGCAAAAAAUGAGAAAAAGGAAAAAAAAGAGAGAAAACGGAAACGAACUUGAAAAAAAAAAUCCAAGAAAAAGAUAAAAGCGACGAUACGACGAUAGAGAGCAGCAAACGACUGACAUCCCUUUAACAUUUCCCGACGAAAGAUUCGUAUUAUUAAUUGUUUCCUACGUUAUUCGAUGCAUCGAUGUAAUAUAUCAUAUACCUUACAUAGUUACGUACGUAUAAAUGAUAUACGACCAUGUAAGUAACCAUAUUCCCUUUAAAUAGUAAUGUUAUAAAAACCCGAGAGAUAAACGUCUGCGAACUUUAUUUACUGCAAGUAAAUGAAAGAAAGAAGAGAUUCGAAUCAGCCUUAACGUAGACAAUUAUUAACUCUCUAUUGAAUUUAUAUACGCGUGCAACGGGAGCGAUUUACGUCAACGUAUCGUACUUUUUAAUCGUAACACUUUGAAUGAAAGACCGCUGUGAACAACGACUAGCUCAGAGAAACGCGUGAAAAAUUAAUUCGCUCUUUAUCAUUGCCGGUAUCAACAUCUUCUCUUCGUAACAUUAUCGCAAUACCUUUAUUACGCCCAUCAACCAGAAUUUAUCGUGUGAUAAAAAAAAAAAAAAAGAAAAAAGGCAACGACACGCAAGAGGCAAAAGGAAAAUCUUCAAUUUUUACACCGUUCGGCCGACACUGUGAUAUUUCUACAUUUAAUUAUAUCGUUAGAAACGAUACUUUUUUUUAUGAAAAAGAAAAAGAAAAUAGUGAGAGGAAAAAAAGGGAGGAUACGUUUCGUAGUAUCGUCGGUAAAUUUCGACGUUCAAAUUUCGGAGCGUGUAUUCGAUAUAAUUAAUUUACGACCGAUCGAUAAUUUUUCGUUCAUUCCGAUAAUUAAACACCCGUUCCUAGUGGUUUUAAUUUAUUGAAACGACACGUAAAAUAAUUUCUUUUAUAAACGCGAACGCGUAGAAAAAAGACCGAUCGCGUACCUGUUCGUCUCGUGUUUUUCAUUACCUUCCAAUGAGAGGCGGAAAAAGGAAAAAGGACAAAAUUAGAAAACAAAAGGAAGAAAAAUAAAAUAAAAUAAUAAACGUAAAAGUGAAAAAAAAAAACUCGUAAGAAUAUACGUUAUUUCCACGGUACCCGGCGGCCAUUAAUUAACGUCGAACGAUAAAAAGGAUAGAAAAAAUUGUCAAUGGGAUUUGCAAACCCUAGAAAAAGAACAUACUUCGAUCGGCCAAUUCUACGCAAUUAUUACGAUCGCAUAGAGAAAAUUUAAUUGGAAUGUCAUAUUCUAUCCGUCGUGUUCCAUCAUUUUCAUGCUUUUAAAUACGAGUUUAACGAAUAAAAAUAAAAUUUCAUCUUAUCUCUCGAUAUUAUUUAAAAAUCGAUAGAAUAACUAUAUAUCGUGCCUUGGAGGAAGUCUACGGAUCGAUAAAAAUUGACACGUGGUUCCUUCGUCGCGAUUAAUCAUGCCGCUACUACCAUCGACCAAAGUCAUUUCUCGAUGAUAUAUGAGAUAUCCAAACAUACAUUGCCCAAGAGACCGUUCUCUAUCGACCGAAUAAAAUAUGAAUAGAUCUAUUUCCAUCGAACACUAACAUCACCUCCGCUAUCGUCCCCUCUGCUACCUUUUUCGUUGCUCUCGAGACAAAGUAUUUCGUUAAAUUUAUAUAUUUCGCUUGAAACGAUACGACGUUUCAUCCAACGUCAAACUUUGUUGUAACUUCCUUCAGAAACUCCGAUCGAAUUGCAUUCCUUUUAUUGAAUACCAUAUAUUUGUUUUUAGAAAUUUCAAUCACGGUGUAUCAGAGCUUUGGAAAAUAUCGAAUCUUCGACGAAUGCGAGCCCUUUCCUAUCAUUUCGUCGACAUCGAAGAAAUACAGAAUUGUAUGUAUGUAUGUAUGUACUUGUGUGCCAAGGAUCGUUAACGUCUUCCUCUUACAUUUUUCCAUUGAAAAUCUUUAUCAUUCUUUCACCGUAUGCAUCGAAAAAGAAAGAGAGAUAGAGAGAGAGAGAGAGAGAGAGAGAGAGAGAGAGAGAGAGAGAGAGAGAAAUUUGGUUUUCAAACACAAUCCUCCAAAUGAUUUUGCCAAUAUUAAAACUGAGAACAGUCGUCGUGCAUAUCAAUAUUUUUUGUAUAUCGAAUAUUUUGCCGAAGAAAAAGAAAAACGAGAAAUUAAUAAUAAUUCCUCUUAUGAUGCUUACAAUAUGUACAAAAUGUUUAUUCGCGUAAAUGCUUACGUUUGUACUUACUUACUUACCUCUCUACGUACUCACUUACUUACAUAAAUAUUAUUCAAGUGCCAACGUUGUCUGUUGCGCGUACGCAUUAUAUAUGAUAUUAUCUCUAUGACAGAUUCUACGUUAUUAUGUUAAUAUUUUCUCUAGAAAGUAACUUUCACGAAAUAAGAAGAGGGGCUAAUGUUUCGAGAUGUCGCGCAGUACUUUAUCCUCGCUCCCGCGACACCGUCUCAUUAAAUUUUCAUUAAAUGACAAUUUAACGAAAGCAUACCACCAUAUCAAGAAGCGAUUAGCGUCUUGUGCGUUAAUCUAAAAACGUCACUGGCACUCACACGUAACAUAGUUUUAAUAAAGAAUUAAAAGAUAACAAAAUGAAAAAAGACAAAAAAACAAAAAAACAAAAAAAACAAAACGAAACAAAAAAAUUACAAAAUAUAUGCUCACGAGCUUGAUAUUGAUUAAGCUCUUGGAUUAUUCAUUGUCGAUAAUGAAUUUUAUGCCGGACAAGCGGUCGCAUGCCAAGAAGGCAUGACAAUUCGUGACAAUUAAUACGAUAAGAUGCACGUCAUAAUAUCGUCAUCGAAGAUCACGUAGAAACGUGAGCGAGUUAUUAUCAUUUUGACAAAGGACAAAAAUAAAUAAAUAAAAUGAAAAAAGAAAGUAAUCGCCGGGGAUGAUCGUCCUUGUGCGAUAUUACAUCAAAUCGAAAAUUUUUAAGUACAUAUAUAUCGGGACGAACAAAAAAUUUAUUAUACAUAUUAUGUAUUUAUUACGUGUGUAUAUAUAUAUAUAUAUAUAUAGUAUAUAUACAUAUAUAUUUAUACGUGUAUAUAUAUAUAUAUAUAUGUGUAUAUAUACAUGUAUAUAUAUAUAUAUAGUUUCAAAUACAUUCUCGAGAAUUUUACCCUCUUCGUUCACUCGCAACGAUUCCAACGAUCUGAUAUUAAAUUCGCGAAUUUUCAUGAAUUCUCUUUGUUACGAUGCUAUUGCCGCUGUUACCGCUACCGCUUUUAUUCGUAAUUUUUGACUUCUCACUAUGUACAUAACCUUAUGAAAGGAAAGGAAAUUCAUCUUCGUCAUUUUGCUACGCCGGUUCCUUAUCUUAACAUUCAGCGUCAUACAAAAGAAAUGAAAAGAAAAGAAAAAAAAAAGAAAUAAACAAAUGAAUGAAUAAAUAAAUAAAUAAAUAAAUAAUUACAAAACUAAGAAAGGAACAGGAGGCGAGUCUCUUAAUCAGGCUCUUCUAUGAAUGGUCACUCAGGAAUAAAGUUAUAAUAUAAUAACGGUUGCGAUAUUAAAUAUUAACAUUUAACGAACGACUUUUUGUAAAUAUUAAUAUAAUAUAAAUAUUAAUAUAAGUAUAGAUAUACAUGCAAAUAUAUAUAUAUACAUAUAUAUACAUGUAUGUGUAUGUAUAUAUACAUAUAUAUAUGAUAUAUAAAUCAUGUACAGGGUAAUUUGAAAAAAGCCGUACGGUCGGACUUUAUAUGAAUAAAAUGUAGCGUAGAUAUAUAUCGAUCCUCGAACGAAACUGAAGAUAAUUAACGUACACUUUGUGUGACUGGUAAAAGUCAAAAAAAAAAAAAAAACAAAGCAAAAUAGAGAGAAAGGAGAAAAUAAAAAAAAAAGAACUCGUAACAAUUUUAUAUGAGAAAAAAGUUUCGAUGACACAUCAUCCUUUUUCCGAGAGACAAAAACGUUAAAUUCUUUCUAUGAAAUGUCUCGUUGAAAAUAUUUAACGAUUUUCCCAUUAUCUGCGAUUAAAUUCGUUACAAUCGAAAGUUACUGUCGAGUAAAACCUUUAAUCCACCAAGUCCGGUCGUACAGCUGAUCAGAAUGACCCCGUACAAUUUUACGAUCGCCCCAAUAAGAGAUAACAAGCCUGAUAGGAAACGUAUGAAUGUUAAAUAAUCAUGUAUGGAAGAGGGAGAGUGGAAGAACGUGUUUGUAUAUGCGUGCGAGAGAGAAAAUGAGAGAGAGAAAUGUGAGCAAAAAGAAAAAAUGAUAGAGCGAUAGUAUGUUAUAGAAUUUUCUUCCAUUAUAAACGAUUGACCAAAUAUCGGUAACAAAAGACUACGGUGCAUGUCGAUGAUUGUUACUAUCGGAAGGGAAUCAACACCAACUGAUAUAAUGAAAAUAAAAAAGAAGUAAAAAGAACAAAAAAAGGGAAAAAAAUGCAGAAGAAAAAGAAGAAAAAGAAGAAAGAAAGAGAUCAUUCCGAAAGUUUAUCACGAUGAAAGGGGAUAUCUACCCCUUUUGCAAUCCGGGAUUUAACGAUUUUACUCGUAAAAAUCAUUAAUAUGUUUACGUGUACACCGUCGCCAUAAUUCUUCGAGUAUACAUUUAAAAUACGGCUCCGUGUGUGCUGGUGUGCGUACGUGCAUAUAAGGUACAUGCAUUCUUGUCCAUUUCUACACGUAUAUCUGUUUCUUCCUCGACGAUAGAAGUUAUUUUUAAAUUUUCAAGAUUUAGAGCCACACCGCUCCCACAUGCGAGUGUCUGUACGAUCGGAUGUCAGUAGGAAUCUUGAAAUAUAAAUAGACGAUUACAGUGGG